AUGUCCAACACUCUAUUAAACCUGCUUGUGCUGUCCUAUGGCGUACUUGCUAGACGAAGACACAGAGAACAUUCCACAACUAGCUCAUGGUCGGACUUCCGCUAUGACUCUUGCGAGAAAAGAGACCGUUGUGAUAGGAUUGAGUGCAGUGAAAUAAGAGAAUGUGAAGCUAUUAACAAAGUAUUCUGCAAGGAGAUUAGCCUGGAAAGACCCUGCAAACCAUGCGAGACCCCUUGCUAUGACUAUUGUGAAAUUCCAUACAACUGCUUUUCAACUACCUGCUCGUAUAAAUUCACAGAAAUGACUUACCAUGCCAUUAAGGAGUUAGUCCUCCCUAGUUUUGAUUUCUGCAGACCCCUUCAUUGCGGCCUGAAAUAUUACAAACGUAAAGAAAGCAAUGUAGAAUGUGAGAUUUACAAGCUACUUCUCCACGCCAUUAACACUGUCUCUCCUUGUGUAUUUGAUGCAUACUAUGAUGCAUUCUAUAAUGGAAAUUAUUAUGAGUGCUUCUUAAUACUCCAGAGAUUAUACUCCUGUGAUGCUGAGAUUGAAAGAAUUAUCAUUGAGUCUAUCGUUAAGAAAAACAGGGAGUGCCGUAGAAAGACCAUUACCUCCAUCUGCUUUGUUGACCCAUGCACCAGAGAGUGCUCAAUCAUUGAUCUACCAGGCUGUGGAUGUGAGAAGAGGGUCUGCCUCUAUCUUCCUCGUCAUUGUCUUAAGUUUGAAGAGUUCAUUUGCCUUUCCUUCUGUGUAGACGAUGCUAUUAUCUGUGAGAUUGAUCAUUUCAUACCCUGUGGGUUCAAGAAUUUCUACUAUGAAAUUGUCAAGAAGUUCUUUAAAUACUUUAAACAUCUUUCAAUUGAAAAGAGAGUGUUGUGGUGGCUCAGGAUUAAGUUCUUUGUAUUCAACUGCAUUGGCUACAGCAUUUCAUAUCUUAACUCUGGCGCCAAGAAUCAAGUUUUGGAUCUGCUCAUUAAGACAGCAACUUCAGAGAACGAUGCAUUCUAUCUUGCAUAUGCUCGUUCUCUUGGACUUAUAAAUAAAUGA